AUGUAUAACGGCAUAGGUUUAAAAACUCCUAGAGGUUCUGGGACCAAUGGAUAUAUACAAACGAAUAUGGCUCAUAUUCGUAAUGCCAGAAAUACAAUAAGGGAAUACGAACAAUUUAGAAAUGAAGUAAGUAUGAAUAAUAUUGUAGAUAAAAAAUAUACUUGUGACUUUUCAAUUGUUGAGCAUGCUGAGAAAAGGAGAAUCGAACUGGAAGUUUUAUUAUAUGAAGAAAAAAUCAGACAAGAAGGAAGUAAAAAUAUUGAAGAAUUAAUUAAGAACUAUAGACAAAAGUUAUAUGAUGAAUAUUAUGAAAAGAAAAAGAUACAAGAAAAAUAUAAUAUACAUAAUAAUAGAGAUGCAGAUCCUAAUGAAAAUACACAUAUGCUUAAUGAUAGGAAGAGAAAACAAGUAGAAAAUUUUGAACGAGCACUGAAAAUAAAGAAAAAUAAGGAAAAUGUUCAUGAGCAAAAUAUAAUAUCUUCUAAUAUUAAAAGAGAAAAUAAUGAGAAGAAGAAAAAAAAAGAAAUUAAGAGAGAAAAAGACGAAAAGAAGAAAAAAAAGAAAAUUAAGAGAGAAAAACAUGAAAAAAACAGAAGAAAAAAAAAGAAAGAAAGAAAAAAACAAAUUAGUGAUACAGAAAGUCAAGAAAUGUUAUCUUCUUCAGAUGAAAAAUCAUCCAUUUCUAUGAGUUCAAAUGAUAGUAGCUACACAUCAGAUUAUAGUAGUGAUAAUUCAUAUGUAUCAAAUAACUCCACUGAUAGUAGAUCCAAUUCAAAAAGUUCAAGUGAUAAUAAAUCCAAUUCAAAACGUUCAAGUGAUAGUAGGUCUAAUUCAAAACGUUCAAGUGAUAGUAGGUCUAAUUCAAAAAGCUCAAGUUUUAGUAAAUCUAAGUCUGGUAGUGAUAAUUCUUCAUACCAUUCUGAUGGAUCAAGCUAUUCGAGAUCAUCAGGUAAAUCUAAUAUAUCCAUUGAUUCAAACGAAAGUAGUAAAAGUGGCUCUCACUAUAGUAGUCAUAAGAAAUAUAAAAAUAAGGAAAAAAUAUCAAAGAACAAAAAUCAUACAAAAUAUAAAAAUAUUUCAAAAAAAAAAAAUACAUCAAAAUAUUCAGAUGAUUCAAAUUAUUCUAGUGACGAUUCAAGGUAUGCUCACAAACCUUCAGAUCGAUUAAAAAGAAACAUAUCAAAACAUUCAUCUUCUAAAAAUAAGAGUAAUAAAGUGAAUGAUAAAUUGAAAAGAAUAAGUUAUAGUUCAGAUUCAGGAACACAUUCAUCCUGUAAUAAGAGUAGAAACUCAAACUAUGAAAGGGAAAAAAAAAAAAAGAUAAGAGUUAAUAAAAAGGAUCAGAAUCAUUCAUAUGAUUCGGAUGAAAGUUCAAAUUCUAGUUUUAUAAAACAAGAAAAAAAAGAUAAAGGAAAUUAUAGAAGAGAUAGUUGUGUAGAACAAAAAGGAAAGAAUAAACAUGAUUUGAAAUCUAAAAAAAGAGAAAGCACAGUUAAUGAUGAAACUUUGAAAAUAUUAAGUAAUAUUAAAAAAUAUUAUAAUGAAAAAAAAAAAGAAUCAUCAGAUAAAGAAAAUUCUGAACCUUAUGAAUCUGAAUAUUCUAGUUCUUCCGAUGAAAUAAAAAAAAAAAAAAAACAGAAAGAAUUAGAAUAUAAAGAAAAGGAGAAAAAGAAGAAAAAAACUUCUGAUAACGUUGACUUGGAUGAACUGGAGAAUAUAAAAGAUGAAUAUCUAAAAAAACUAGAACAAACAAGAAAAAAGGAUGAUUCAACAAAGAAAUAUAAAGAGGAUGAAAAAUAUAGAGUAAAAAAGGAAGAAAAGCAUUCUAAAAAAACAAAAUAG